UUCAGAUUUGGAAUUUUACCCUCGCCAGGGAGCCGCUGCAGCUCCACAGCAUCCGCCCGCCCUCCGAGGGGACGAGGUGCCACCGACGCUGCUUGCCUCGGGCCAGCCCUCGGGCUUGACCUCAGUGUCGCGGUGUCGCGGAUGCUCCCGUGCAGGGGCUGGGAACUCCCCGCCCUUGCGCGCGACCCCGCGGCCGGGCAGGCGGCGCUUGCGGCGGGCAGGGGACGGGCAGGGCAGAUGGGACUUGUCCGGGGGUAGCCACCUCCUCUGCAUCCUGCCCGCGCAUCCCGGAGCCCAGCCGCAUCCUCCGCCUCUGCCUUGGCGGCUGCCAGCCUCCGCCUCGCGCCACCUCGGCCUGUUGCCGCCCCCGCCGCCGCGCCCCCGGUGGCUGUGCCUCAGCGGAGCCCGGAGGGGGCCUGUGGCGCGUCGGCCGCCCGCUCGGCUCAGCUUGGCCGGGAGGCGUGCAUGCCCCUGCUGCCCGCGGCGCUCAUCAGCAGCAUGCUCUAUUUCCAGAUGGUGAUCAUGGCAGGGACGGUGAUGCUGGCUUACUACUUCGAAUAUACCGACACGUUCACUGUGAACGUGCAGGGAUUCUUCUGCCACGACAGCGCCUACCGCAAGCCCUACCCGGGCCCAGAGGACAGCAGCGCGGUGCCCCCGGUGCUCCUCUACUCGCUGGCCGCUGGCGUCCCGGUGCUCGUGAUAAUAGUUGGAGAAACUGCAGUGUUUUGCCUGCAAUUAGCUACAAGGGAUUUUGAAAACCAGGAAAAAACUAUUUUAACUGGAGAUUGUUGCUACAUAAACCCACUGGUACGCCGAACGGUCCGAUUUCUUGGAAUUUAUGCAUUUGGACUGUUUGCUACAGAUAUCUUUGUAAAUGCUGGGCAAGUGGUUACAGGAAACCUGGCUCCACACUUUCUGGCUUUGUGUAAGCCCAACUACACGGCGCUUGGAUGUCAGCAGUACACACAGUUCAUCAGUGGGGAGGAAGCAUGCACAGGCAACCCAGACCUUAUCAUGCGAGCAAGGAAAACAUUCCCAUCCAAAGAAGCUGCCCUGAGUGUCUAUGCUGCCAUGUAUCUGACGAUGUACAUUACCAACACUAUCAAAGCCAAAGGAACCAGACUUGCUAAGCCUGUCCUGUGCUUGGGAUUGAUGUGUUUGGCCUUCCUUACUGGACUCAACAGAGUAGCAGAAUAUCGAAAUCAUUGGUCGGAUGUGAUAGCAGGCUUUCUAGUUGGAAUAUCUAUAGCAGUAUUUCUGGUUGUAUGCGUGGUAAAUAAUUUCAAAGGAAGACAACCAGAAAAUGGGCACAUACACAGGGACAAUGUGGCCCGGAUGCCGAUGACCAACAUUCCUCGAGUAGAAAGCCCUUUGGAAAAGAACCACAUCACUGCCUUUGCAGAAGUCACAUGAUAUUGAAACAGAUGGUUUUUCUCUGCACUGGACGUCAUCCCUUUUUACCAUCCAUUCACAACGAAGUUUAUUUGAUUACACAGGAAAUUUAUAAAGUUGUCGGAGAUUUUUUAUAAUUUUAAAACUUGAUAGCACCCUUUCUGCCCUCCCCCCACCCCACUAGACUGUGAGCUCCUCAAGAGCAGGACCAUGGCUUUCUCUUCUGUAUCCCCACCACCCACGACAAAAGCCCAGCACAAAGUGUGGGUGUUCAGUAAAACAAGAUGAUAAAAUGAACAAGUCAACUCUUAAAUAAAAUUGUUGCUUUAGUUUCUCAAAAGAAUCUCUGUGACUAUGUGGAAAGAACCCCCCACAUGGAUUAUAUUUGUACAAAAGAAACCCUCUAUUUUGGGCUAGUUAAGCCUUUUUAAUUUUUCAUAUAACUAUUCAGCAGUACAGCACAUUUAAUUUGAAGUGGAUUUUGAAAGUCCUGGGGGCUUUUUAUUAUGCAGCAUGACAUUAUUUCCAUUUUAACAGAUUUCAGUGUGUGAAAUCAUUUUACUUUUAGAAAGUAUGUCCUAUACUAAAUUGUUUGCUCAUUAUAUUAUGCUCUAUUUCACUUAAAACACCAUUCAUACUACAUAUUCUAAGACUGGUGCUUCUGCUUUUAAAGGGUAAAAUGCCAAUUUUUACUGUCACUGAGUAAUGUAUCAUAAUUAAAAUUAUUUAUUUGGACUUUUUCUUUGACAGUUGUGGUUUAAUGGUUGAGCUGUAAUUUUUAAUGCAGGCAAUAUUUAGACUACAUUAAGGUAAAUCCAGCCAUGAUACCUUGUUAUUGAGUAACUUCCCAUCGUUAACAGUGUCUCAAGAAUGGCUAUGGUCCAUUAUUAAAUUUUCUUAUUGGUCCAGAACUCAAAAAAUUUAAAUGAGAAAGAGCCACACCUUAAAAUACAAUCAUGAAGAUGCUAGAAAUAUGAUUAAUGUAUUUUUGUAAUUGUCUAAUACUUUAAUUAAAACAUAUUUGUUUUUAUCAUUUAAUCCUCACAGCAAUCCUGUAAAAAUAUUGAAAGAUGACUUUAUUUACAUAUGAUAAAAAUAAAGCCAAGACUGCUAACAUGCUCAGUUCAUACUGCUAGUCAAGGGAAGAGUUAAAUCUAAGUUCAGAUUUACCCUGAAACUCUCAUUUCUCAAAUAUGCCACAGUUGCCUCAACAUUCAUGACACUGGGGCCAUUAAGAGGCCAUUAGGGUCCUGAGAAACUACCUAUGUUU